UUGUCCCAUCAGGGUCAUCUUACAUGUGGGUUAAAAUUUUGGUCACUGGAUGGCGCGCUUUCAGUUCGAAGUGGCCAAGAUGUCGAGCGCGGAUCUCAAAUUGCAGCUUGAACAAGCUGUGCUUGCUGGUAAAGAAUUCCAUAAGCUGUACUAUGAAAAAUUUGAUAAGAGAAGGAACAUGCUGAAUAAAUUAUACAUGGAUUCAGCUACCAUGGUGUGGAAUGGUAACCCACUACAAGGCUGUGAAGCUAUCCUGAAAUUCCUGGAUCAGUUACCAACCAGCGAACACACCAUUGACUCACUUGACUGCCAACCAAUACCAAGUGUUGUUACACAAGGUCAGACAUCUCUAAUGGUCAUUGUUGGAGGAAGAGUCAAGUUUGAAGGGACAAAGGAGACUUUCACUUUUACGGAAAAUUUCAUGUUGACAACACAAGGCGGCGUCUGGAAGAUCGCCAGUGACUGCUUCAGAUAUCAGGAGUGAACAUUGAUAGGCUGGUUUUGGAUGAACUCAGAUGCAAUCAUGGCUAGGUGCCAGAACUCUUGGCAAUCAGUUGGAGGCAGAGCUUUGCCAAAGAAUGCCACCAUGAACAGAAUGCCUCAGGAGUGUUUCCAGACUUGAAAUGCAGCAGACGCCACAGUCCAAGUGGACAGGUUUUGUAUGUCACAAGUUGAUACAAGGACCCCACGGUACCACCAAAAUGGAUGCAAUUAGGCCUAGAUAUGAACAGGUGAGCUGUGUUGGAUGGAGUUGCUAGUGUGUCUCAGUCGUACUGUAAAACAUGGAACUGCUCCCUGAAGUUUUUCUUGACGUUUCAAGCUUGACCUGUAGCCAAUGCCAUGUUGAUGUCGAACAAAGGCUUGAAAUGAUUGUAAUUUGUGGACAUCAGAUGCCAACAUCUAAAAAAUUACAGACUGUGCAGUGCAAACAUAGCACUGGGUGGUAUAUUAUUCACAUACAGUUCAUGUAUAUAGGUUUUUUUCACAAGACGUCACUUGAUGGACAAAGGCAAUUCAGGAAAUGUUCAAAGUCCGCAGUGGCAGGUGCCUUUGAACAUGCAUCUUUCUUACGGCAACUUUCAGUACACAUUUCUAGGAGACUUCGAAGGCGUGUUUCUGUGUAAAUUGAACGCUGACGGUCAAAAAUCACGACUGGAAUCCUCGGCAAUUUUUCCCAGUUCUAUAUAGAUGUAGAUGGACCCCAUUGUUUACAUUACUGGCCACUCAUGUAGUUUUGUUCAUACCAUUUCUUUAACAUUUCUCCAUCCAAUACCACCAUCAGAAUAGUGUCUGUUCCGAGAAAUAAAAGCAAUAUUUCAUAAAGCAUUUUUAAAAAGUUUAUUGUUGCAAGAAAUACAAAAUGUGAGGACAGUUUAUGGAAUUUUGAACAUUCAUCUUACUAGAAGACUUCUUGCACAUUUGAAACGGUUCAUUAUGGACACAGAAGGGUCAACAGUGAGGGUCACUAGGCUGACAGAAAAGACAAGUCUAUACAAAAAGGACAUAAUGUUUUCAAUUUCACUGUAACACACCAGUCCAAAAUCAAUUCAAGUGAACAUUCAUCACAUGGACAAAUUUAGUACGUUUUUUCAUCAAAGUAAAUAGGCAAAGCAAAGCUGGGUGAAUUUUACAACCUGCAUCCACCUUUCCCUUCAUGUAAUUACAAACAACUGCAAGUGCAUAUGUAUUACUUUUCAAAUUGUAAUUUUUGCAUUCAGCCUUGAAAAAAUAACUUAUCGGUAUGAAGAAGUGGAUUCACUUUGAGAAUAAAUUGAUUUGGUUUGUUGAGGAAGAAUA